AUGCCUCAGUCCCCGAUGCUCUCGUGUCCGCUGAAGCAGACCAACGAGAUUGAUUGGAUCCAGCCACUCAAGGACUGUAUCCGACUGACCCAUGAUGAGGAUCCCGAGCUAUACAAUCAAGAAUGUGCGACUAUCAACCGGCUUCGCCAGGACAUGAGGGGCAUAGGGAAAGACAACGCUAUCGGUCGUGAUCUGCUGUAUCGAUACUACCAUCAGCUGGAGCUGUUGGACCUCAGGUUCCCCGCCGAUGACAAGCAUCUCCAGAUGUCAUUCACUUGGUACGAUGCUUUCACUCACACAUCUACCACUCAAUUCUCCCGGGCCUACGAAAAGGCAUCUAUUCUCUUUAACGUCGCCGCUAUCCUAUCUUGUCAUGCUGCCAACCAAAGCAGGGCUGACGAUGCCGGCCUUAAGACCGCCUAUCACUCUUUCCAGGCAUCCGCCGGGAUGUUUACAUAUAUUAAUGUGAACUUCGUAUAUCCUCCAUCAACCGACCUGCAAGCGCACACCGUCGAGACACUGAUACAUGUCACACUAGCUCAAGCCCAAGAGGUGUUCUUUGAGAAACAAGUGGCAGACCAGAGGAAGCCAGGUCUCUUAGCCAAGCUGGCUGGACAAGCUGCGCACCUCUACUCACAGAGUGCCGAGAGAAUGCAAAACGCGGUCGAUAAGAAUGUGUUUGACAAGUCCUGGACGAUUGUUGUGCAGGCCAAGGCAGCAUAUAUGGGGUCAAUAGCGUCAUAUUAUCAAGCAAUUGCUGACGGUGAAAGUGGAUCUCAUGGAGUUGCUAUUGCUCGUUUACAGAUGGCUGAUAAGCAGUCUGCCAUUGCUCUAAGCUGGGCAAAGACAUUCCCCUCGUCACCUCCAGCAAACACCAACCUGACGGCAGAGUCAGGGGCCAGUCUCUUGGAUCUUAUCAAGAAUAAUCAAGCAAAUUUGCAAUCUUUACUUUCCACCAUGGUCAAAGACAAUGACUUCAUCUACCACCAACCAGUGCCUAAUGAGGCCGGUCUUGCGCCAGUUGCCAGGGUUACUGCGGCCAAGGCGAUUCAGGUUAAUGAAUUGUACCAAGGGCAAGAUAUUGAGCGAAUCACUGGGCCAGACAUCUUCAUAAAACUAGUGCCUCAAAGUGUAACUGAGGUGGUCAGUCGUUACUCCGAAGCGAAGGCCAAGUUGCUUCGAGAGGAGACUCAAGCGGCCGAGGAUGCCAAGAGCUUGAAGUUUACUCGCUUAUACGACCUCAAACUGCCAGGCAUUCUCGAUGUCUGGAAGGGAGGCAUGAACCAAGAUAUGCCAGUGGACGAGGACUUCUGUCGCUGGUGUUCAGAACUUGCUGGGCACAGUCCCUUCCACAGGGCAUUCGACGAAUUGCAGGAACGCAAGGCAGAAGUGCUAUCCCAGUUAGAUCAGUGCUCAAAGCAGUUAGAUCUGGAAGAAAGCGUGUGUGAGAAGAUGCGCUCGAAGUAUGGAGCAGAUUGGAGCCAACAGCCCAGCUCUCGACUAAACACCACACUCCGAGGGGAAGUCCGAUCGUAUCGAGAUACUGUCAAUGAGGCCAGCGCGAGUGAUUCUCAGUUGUCUUCCACACUUCGGCAGUAUGAGAGCGAUUUUGACGAAAUGCGAUCUGCUGGCGAAACAGAUGAGGCCGAUGUUCUCUUCCAGCGAGCCUUGAUCAAAGCCCGUUCGAAGCAUGGUAAGAGCAAAAACGGUGUCACCAGUCCGGCGGAAGGUACUCUGCUGGAUGAUACGUAUGAUGAGGGUAGCGCCUCUGUUGCAGAGCAGAUUGCGAAGAUGGAGAAGAUCUUAGAGGACCUGGACGGCGUGGACCGAGAGAGAUCCAAAACUCUCUCCCGGCUCAAAGAUGAGAUCCACGGGGACAAUGAGGACAUCUCACAUGAAGUGCUUUUAAACCAAAAAUUGAUUGUCGACCGUGAAACCGAAUUUUUUGACGAAAAGUUGAAAAAGUUCAAGGAUGUUCUAGCGAGACUUGCGACGGCGAAUGCGAAAUCAAGGAGUUUGAUGGAAGACCUCGAAAGGUUACACAAUAAUCUCCGUCAAGACAAAAGAAUUCAAUCCGAGAAUUCGAAGUACAAGUCUAUGAUGAGACAACGCAAUUCCGUAUUAGCUCGAUACAAGAAGGUAUACGAAGCAUUCCAUGGCCUCUCGUCCGGUAUCAAGCAAGCAAGAACUUUCUACAAGGACAUGGGCGAAAAUGUCGAUAGUCUCCGCAAGAAUGUCGAAACCUUCAUCAGAAAUCGCCGAUCAGAGGGCGCGCAGCUUCUCAGCCAGAUUGAGCGCGAAAAGGGCAUGGGCGAAAAUGUCGACAGUGCCCGCAGAAAUGCUGAACUACUCAGCAGCCGCGACAAGUCCAGUGGUGCCUCAGAGCAAGAAGAUCGCGAGCGAGAGAAGCUGCGCCAGCUGAUGGAGCGUCUAUCAACGGAACCUAAGAGCUCCUCGGCUUUACCCUCCACAGGGUCAGCAAAACCGCCCUCGAAAGUCAAGUCACCACCCCCGCCUGUUCAGACGCCGGCAUAUGGAACCACCGGUCCGUCCCCGAAGCCGUCACCCCGCUACCCACCUACCAUGCCCGGCGUGCCCCUCUCACACUCUCCAGCGCCCUACGGGCAGUACGUGGGAGGUGGUCCCGGAACUUACCAAGGCCAGCAUUUCCAGCAAGGCGCCGCAGCUCCCCUAUCCGAGGGCUACAACCCCAUGGCAUAUCCUUACCAGACCCCCGUAUCCCCACCCCCGAAUCAGCAAUUCUUCUCUCAAACCCCCAACCCGUACGGCGGCUACUCAAAUUCCGGCACGCCGGCUCCUGGUGCUGGACCUCAACCAUCGCACUAUAUGGCUCCCCAGGGCUACAUCCCGCCUCCACCUCCGCCGCGCCCCCAGCAGACAACCUACCCUCCUACAUCAGGUGGUAUAUACCCAUCUGGUCCUGGUGGCUAUGCGCAGAGCAGACCGUACGGGCACCACAAGACCCCUUCGCAGUCCCAACCACCACCACAGUCACAGCCCGGUUCCUCCGCCGAUCCAUGGGCUGGUCUUAAUGCCUGGAAAUAA